UUUCAGCUAACAAGCCGGCGGGGUGGGACGCGGCGCACUAUAGCUAAGGAAUUGCGAGAGAGGGGUUCCACGGUGGCUCCCAUGGCAGCAGCUGCCGUUGCUGGGAAUCCCCAUGCGCCUCUUCGUGUGACAGGAGCUCGUGGCUCCGCCAGCUACCCCGUGCAGGGAAUCCCCGAUGCACCGUCUCCUGGAAUCUGUGCAUGACCCGCAUCAUCUUCACUACAUCGACUGCCAGGCUGCUUUAUAAUAAAGUACUUGUGGAACUCACUCCUAAGGCCGUGUAGACUUAUUUGACUGCUUUUCGUUCGUUGUGUGUCUUCCCAACAUACGUGUGUCCCUGUGUGGAUUUGUUACUCUGUUCUCGCUGCUUGCACUUUUGUGUCGUAUGUGGAUUUACCUGUUGUCAUCGUGUCAAGCCCAGGAGAGCUUCCUCUGGAUGUGCUGAAUUCAUGAGGCAGCCGCCCAGUGAGUGUGACAUGGCUCUCAGCGGGACCUUGCUGCCGUCCAUCUCCACCUUUACAGCGGGGACCCCCGGCAAGGACAAAGUCCUGAGACAGGCAAGUGUUGGCGACAGGUGGAGAGAAGAGCUAUCCCACAUGAAGAGACAUCCUAUCCUGAACCAAUCUCGGCCCUUUGAGGUCUUGGAGGGGGAAGCCCCAGUGUUGGGUUCUCGAAGGGAACAAGAAGAAUUUAAUGAACUUCUAGACUUUGAUUUUAUACUGUCAAACUCCCUAGUUCACCAGGAGUCUCUGGUGGCUUCUUCUUCCUCAUCCUCCUCUGCCACUGCCUCAUCACCUCCACCUGCUGCACCUCUUCCAGAUAGUCUUUCUACUCUCCCUUCACCUGCCAAUUGUAACUUCUCCUACCAGCUACGUUGUGGCCAGGAGCCCACCAGCGCCAGCCCCCUCAUGUACACUGCUAGAGAUACUGCAGUGCCCACCACUACUUUCAACCUGGCGGAUAUAAAUGAUGUGUCCCCUUCAGGUGGGUUUGUGGCUGAGCUUAUGAGACCUGACUUGGACCCGGUAUACUUGCAGCAGCCACAAGCUAGCCUACAGGGCAAAUUUGUAUUGAAGACAGCUGUGGACAUUGGUGAUUAUGGCCAUUCCAUCAGUGUUAGAAAAAGCAACUCUGGUAUGGACAGUACAAUGGUUUAUAGCAGCCACCAGAUGCCCAGGAUGUGCCAAAAGAUCAAGCAGGAGCCUUCUCCAUCUUGCCCUGUAGCAUGCCCCAUGGAUGGGCAAGUACAACAGCCACAAGGGCAGCUUGAUUUCCAAGUUGGAAGGGGACUACCAAGUAGGACUAACCAACCCUUGUCCCCAGAGGAGCUGAUGGUCAGAGAUUGCCAUGCAUCCCCUCAGACAUUAAGCCAUCCAUCACUGCCAGUACCUCCAGGCUACCACACCUCUGCCAGUUUCUCCCACUUCCCGCCAGAUCAGCAACAGCCACAGCUGCCUCCGUCUCAGCUUCAGUAUCAAGGUCAGUCUUAUAUAAAUAUUUUUGAAGACUCUUUAAACUUGCAACUAUUGAAACAAGAAGUGAUGCUGACUCCCCCCUCUUCACCUCUAGAGCUGUUAAGUCCCGGGGGCUGUAUGCCAGAGGAAACUAAGCCCAAGAGAGGACGCAAGUCCUGGCCUAGGAAAAGAACUGCAACUCAUACUUGUGAGUACGCAGGCUGUGGAAAGACCUAUACCAAGAGCUCCCACCUGAAGGCCCACUUGCGCACGCAUACAGGUGAAAAGCCGUACCACUGUGACUGGGAAGGUUGUGGAUGGAAAUUUGCUCGCUCUGAUGAACUGACUCGCCACUAUCGAAAACACACCGGGCACCGGCCUUUUCAGUGUCAAAGGUGCGAUAGAGCUUUCUCAAGAUCGGACCACCUUGCCCUUCACAUGAAGAGGCACUUCUAGGCGUUAAUCUUCACCCUGCCCAUUACUGCCAUGAAUUUCAGUAUUCAGAGCACAUAUAACAUGGGUACAAGCAAAUACAGCAAACACUACAAGUUAUCAAAAUGCAUUCCAAGUCUAGCUUUCAGAACCUCAGCGACAAGAAGAGAAAUACUCCAAAUCUACGCAACUGAAACAAACUUGAAUAUAUAAAGCCUCAAGAAAAUGGGUUUUUGACUGGAUCUUACAGCAUUCCAUUUUUUAUUUUAUUUUUUUUGCUUAAAAAACAGACUUGAAACUUUACAGCUUACAUCUCCACAAACAGUGACUUGAUGUGCAUUUGGGUUGUUUCAUUAUAUGUUUCAACACCAGAGACACAAUAGAUUUUAUUUCCCUUUUUUUGGGGUUCAGAUGGGACUAACACUGGGGUUAAAAACUGCAUUUUUAGUUCAAUGCAAUAUGACUGGAAACGUUAACUUUGUUAACUAACUUUCAAAAAACAUAAAUAAAAAAAAAAAAAACAUGAUGCGCAGGUACAAAAAAAGUUGAAGGAAAAAGAGAAAAAAUGGAUGCAAUUAGCUAAUGGUGCUUACAGAGUAAUUCUUCUAAUGGUACCAAAAACAAAUGAAGCCAAAGUUCUCAAACUGCUGCAUAUUCGACAAGGAAAUCUAUUUUGUCUUCCGAUUUUUUUUUUUUAUUAACUAUAAAGUAUGACCAAAGUCAGGAGCGUACACCUGAUUUGUUUUGUUAAUAUAUGUAUGUAUAUGCAGACAGUAUGUGAUGCACUGUGGUUUCAAUGUGCAAUAAUUUGUACUAUGGUCUGUUUCCACAUAUGCCUUAAGCAGAACAAAUGUUUGUUUUCUAUAUAGGACUUUACAUAAUAAAAUAUGUAAUAUAAAUUUAAGCAAACUUCUAUUUUGUAUAUUUGUAAACUAUGAAGUAAAUUGAACAUUUGCUUGAAGUUUGUAUUUUGCAUAUUCAAGUUUUAAAUAAACCUAUUAUAUUUCUUGAGGAAUAUACUCUCCAUUUUUAACAUCGAA